GUUCAGCGCGCGUGUUGCUGAUUUUUGCGAGUUUCACGGCACAACUUUCACAGGUCUGGGGAUCAGGUGUGCCGAUGAUGUCAUCAGCAGAGGACCAGCUGUGUCUGAACAUCAGCAGUAGUUUGUCCUCCUCUUCAUCGCUCAGGAGGAAGGCUGUGAGUGCUUCGCAGAGAUGGGCCAGAAAAAAGCAGAGAGCGGAGAAGAGGAGGUUCAGCUCCUCAGAGGAGGAGGAGAAGAAGAGAAGCUCCUUCAAACAGAGGAGACUGCGGCUCAGUGAAGAGGAGGAGGAGACGCAGACUGAAGCUCCUCCUCCUGUAGGUGCUCAGCCUGAGCAGACAGACAGGACACCACAGAAGAAGAGCAAGGAGAAGGAUGGAAUAAAGGAAACGGGAAGAAGUAGCAUCAAGACCUCCUCUCUGUUCAAACACAAUCCAGAGAUCCCAGAGAUCCACAGACCUGCUGUCUCUCAGUUAAAGGAGAAGAUUUUCACCAGUGACUCGUUUUCAGACCUGGACCUUCACCCACACCUGGUGGCAACACUGAACAAAGUCCUGAAUGUUUCCACAGUGACCAGUGUUCAGAAACAGACUUUUCCAGUCCUUCUGUCAGGACGAGAUGCUGUCGUUCGGUCUCAGACAGGAUCAGGUAAGACUCUGUCUUAUGCUGUCCCCAUGGUCCAGAGUCUUCAGGCGGUUCAGCCAAAGAUCAGCAGGUCUGACGGUCCUCUGGCUGUUGUCAUCGUCCCCACCAGAGAGCUGGCCCAGCAGACGUUUCAGACCUUCCAGAAGCUUCUGAAGCCGUUUACCUGGAUCGUCCCAGGUGUCCUGAUGGGAGGAGAGAAGAGGAAAGCAGAGAAGGCCAGGCUACGUAAAGGCAUCAACAUCCUGGUUUCAACUCCUGGACGUCUCGUGGAUCACAUCAACAACACCCUGAGUAUCGCCUUCAGUGCUGUUCGCUGGCUGAUUCUGGACGAGGCCGACCGGACGUUGGACUUGGGUUUUGAGAAGGACCUGACCGUCAUAUUAAACAGUCUGAACUCUACCGGGCCGAGCAGACAGACCGUCCUGCUGUCUGCGACGUUGACUCGUGGUGUGACUCGGUUGGCAGAUGUUUGUCUUAACGACCCGGUCAGCAUCCAUGUGUCUGGCCCCGCCUCCUCUGACCUCACCACCUGCCUGACUCUGACCUCUGACCCCGGCACGGCCGGCCAAUCGGAGAGCUUUGCUGUACCGGAGUCUCUGAAGCAGUUUGUGGUGGUGGUUCCCAGUAAGAUCAGGCUUGUCUGUCUGGCUGCUUUCAUACUGGACAAAUGCAAGUUUUCUCAGAACAACAAACUCAUCGUCUUCAUCUCGAGCUGCGAGGCCGUGGAGUUCCUGCACUCUCUCUUCACCUCCGUCCUCUCCGGGCCCUCGACCAAUCAUAAGCCUCAGCUCAGCUUCCUGCGUCUCCAUGGCAACAUGAAGCAGGAGGAGCGCUCAGAGGUCUUCCAGCAGUUCUCAGCAUCCAGAUCUGGAGUCCUGCUCUGUACUGAUGUAGCAGCCAGAGGUCUGGACCUUCCUCAGGUCACCUGGAUCGUUCAGUACACUCCUCCGACAGCAGCAGCAGAGUACGUUCAUCGUGUCGGUCGGACGGCUCGUAUUGGAGGAAGAGGAAGCAGUCUCAUCUUCCUCACUCCUGCUGAGACGGCCUUCAUCAACGAGCUGGCCAAUCACAACAUCAGCCUAUCAGACAUGAAGCUGCAGGAUAUCCUGUCCAGUCUGAUGAUUGACGACACCUACAAGGGGAGGGGCAAAUACCACAGCAAGAGUUCGUCUAAAGCUCUGGAGCAGGAGACCAGAGAGCGAGCGACGGUCCUGCAGACGGAGUUUGAGAACUUUGUUCACUCAGACGUUCAGUUAGUACAAACCGCCAAGAAAGCACUGCAGUCCUUCCUGCGGGCAUACACCACCUACCCCACCCACCUCAAACACAUCUUCCACAUCCGCUCCCUCCACCUGGGACACACCGCCAAGAGCUUCGGCCUCAGAGACGCCCCGCAGGGCCUGAGCGCCGCCACGGGUCCCUCGGGCCGCGGCGCCAAGAACCCCAACCACAACAAGAACAACAAUAAGAACCAGAACCAGGACAGGACUACAGUCAAGGUCCAGAACAAGGUGCCCGGCAGCCAGACCGCAGCACAGGGCAGACCGGGACAAAAGAGGUUUUCACAGAGGGAGGUCGGCCUGCUCCUCUCGGAGUUCUCCAGCGGGUUGGAGGGAGGAGACGCCAAGAGGAAGAAAAAGCAGAAGGUGACGUUUGGUCGAUCAGGAGAGGAGGAGGAGGAGGAGAAAUGAGGAGGUGACGGCGCUGCGAGAAAGACGUCAGUCGGCCACUCGACAAUCGAUCCCAAUCAGAUCCAUCGAUCACAUUUCACAACAGUGAUGAUGUCAUCACUUUCAGGUGUUCACAGGUGGCAGCAGUGACCUGUUCAGACAGCAGACACUGAGGUCUCUGUGUAGGACGUCUGCAGCAGAUUACACAGAUUACACUGAUAACAGAUUACACAGAUAACAGAUUACAGAUUACACAUAUAACAGAUUACAGAUUACACAGAUUACAGAUU